AAACCCUUGCCCCGCCCACUAUCGGUACACACGCGUGUUUGCAGCAUGGCUUCUUCGGCUAAAAGAAGAGCAGUGGGUUUGGGUGAAAAUCCCGAGGACAGUGACAACAGCUCCGACGAGAAUUUCGAAGAGGACGAGGACUCUGGAGAAGAUGACAGCGAGGCAUCGGAGGAGGAAAUCAAUGAGGAAGUUGUCGUGGAUUUUGAAGCCCAUGGUAUUUCACACAACGACUUUAAUGGCAUAAAGAAACUAUUGCAACAGCUCUUCCUGAAGGCUCAUGUAAACACAUCUGAAAUGACAGACAUCAUCAUCCAGCAGAAUCAUGUCGGCAGUGUCAUCAAGCAAGCUGAAGUUCCUGAAGACAGUGAUGAUGAUGAUCCAGAUGAAGUGUUUGGCUUCAUCACAAUGCUCAACCUGACAGAGAGAAAGGGAGUACAGUGUGUGGAGGAGGUGAAGGAGCUCAUAGUGGAUCAGUGUGAGAAAAACGCUGGCCACAGCGUGACAGAACAGCUGGAGCAGAUCCUCAGUGACACCAGUAAGCCUGUGGGGCUGCUGCUGAGUGAGCGCUUCAUCAACGUGCCGCCUCAGAUCGCUCUUCCGUUGCACAAACAGCUCCAGGAAGAAAUGGCUGAAGCUCAGAGGACAAAUAAGCCCAGUGGGAAGUGUCACUACUGUCUGAUGAUCAGCAAGACGUGCAAAGAGGCAACAAAGAGUGUUCCAGCCAGGGGAGGAGCGCCCAAAGAGGAAUACAUGUUCGUCAAUGCAGAGGAGGAAUUCUUCUAUGAGCAAGCCAUCAUGAAGUUCCAUUACUCAGUCCAGGAAGAGGCGGACUCCUGCUUGAGUGGCAGGUGGUCAUUUGACGACGUACCGAUGAAGCCUUUCAGGACUGUGAUGUUGAUUCCCUCAGACAGAAUGCCUGCCAUCAUGGACCAACUCAAAGAAUACCUAACUGUGUGAACUUCAAUCACCCCAAAACACCUAUGCAUACACACUGAAGACCUUCAGGCUUCAUGAAAAUGUUUGUGUACAGACAGCUACAGUGGUUUAAAUACUGUAAAUCUGAGCAAAGUGACAGUUUUUAAGUUCAAUUUGAAGAGACUGUAAAUCUAAUGGAGAGUGGUAUUCAGCUAGGACAAUAUUAAAGUCUUGAUCAUACCCAAACGAUACAUUUUGUGCUUCAAGAUUUUGCUCCUUGGGACGUUUACAUUCAAAAGAAACCACAGUUACCCUUUUAUAGGUUUAGAUAUUGGACUCAGGUACCAUUCUACUGAUGAAUUUGAUUUUUGUAGAGCUCUAAAAAAUAAAAAUCACUUUGC